AUGUUGACAACGUCCUCCGCCAAGAGAGUAACCCUUGGCGAACACAGACCCAAGAGUGGAGUGACUGUAUCGCUGACCCUGCGACGUCAUGGCGGUUACUAUAUCUUCAGUCUGAUACUGCCUCUGUUUAUUGUUGCUGGCGCCAAUCCUUGUGUGAUCCUGGUCAAGUCCAAUAGCGGGGAGAAGACGUCAACAGCUGUCACCCUCUUCCUGUCCUUCACGAUCUUCAUCACCCUCCUCGCUGAUCUGCUACCACAGUCGUCCCGGGGCAUUCCCGUCUUCAUAGUCCUCGUCUACAUGCAGUUCCUGUUCAGUUCAGGGAUCGUGGCGUACUGCAUUGUUUCACAACGGCUAAGUCAGAGAGACAAGCACAACGGACUGACGCGGAUCCUGGCACUUGUCCUCCUGAAGACAGGAAGGAAGAAGGCUGUACAGCCAUCCACUACGACAGACGCUGGUGAUGGUGGCUCGGAACGUGACCCGGAGGAGUUUACCGACUUUCCUCAACUGGCGGAUAAACUGGACAGUGUCGUAUUUUACGUAUGCACGGCUGACGCCAUUCUGGUUAUGAACUUCACCCUUCUGUCUCUCCUCGUUACAUGA